AGUGCGCAUGGCUCCUAACAUUGCUGAAAAUCGUAUGCAUUUGCUUGACUGAUGGCAACACAAUUAAAAAUACUUUAUUUCAAAUUUGUAUGGCAACAUUUCACAUUACAACACUUGGAUUUCAUUUUAUUUCAGGAAACGGCACGUGUCGUGUUAAUUUCAAGUAAAUUCAAAAUGAAGAUGAAUAAAUUAAUCACCUCUUCCCGAAGGAAACAAAGGAAGAGGCAUUUCAAUGCCCCCUCACAUAUUAGAAGAAUUAUUAUGAGUGCUCCAUUAUCCAAAGAACUGCGUCAGAAAUAUGGAGUUCGCUCUGUGCCGAUUAGAAAAGAUGACGAGGUCCAAGUUGUAAGGGGACAUUAUAAAGGCCAACAGAUCGGAAAAAUUGUUCAGGUUUACCGUAAAAAAUAUUCAGUUUUCAUUGAAAGAAUCCAACGAGAGAAAGCAAAUGGAGCUAGCGUUCAUGUUGGAAUUCAUCCCUCAAAUCUUGUCAUCGUAAAACUAAAGAUGGAUAAAGAUAGGAAAAGUCUUCUUGAUAGACGUGCUAAGGGUAAACAGCUGGCAGACAAAAACAAAGGCAAACAUUCAGAAGAAUCAGUUGUAAUGGAGACAUAAGUUUGUAAAAAGAAGUGAUGUUUUGUUCUUCUCUUUUCAUGAUGUUAUGAAUUUUAUGUAAAGAUUUCAAACCUUUUGGUUCAUGAAUAAAGUGAGAACAAAAUA